UCCUCCACCUCCUCCGCCACCCGCUACUCCUCCAAGACCUGUUCGAAAUACGAUACAUAGAUCCAACUAUAAUACCAUAAAGAAAAACAUACCUUCUAAUACAACUAAUACUAAUUCUAUCUUGUCACCUAUUACUGCUCAGAAAAGUGGUUCUACACUUAAAGGCAUGCUUGGCAAAGUAGUUGGCAGUGUCAGUGAUCUCUGGACAGUACCAGCCAGUCAUUCAAAUUCGAAUCCUCAUAGUGGGAAAACCAAAAUAUCUUCACCUUAUAACAUGGUUCAUGUCACUCAUGUUGGGUUCAAUCCACAAACAGGUGAAUUUACGGGCAUGCCAAGAGAAUGGCAUAUUCUAUUACAGCAAAGUGGUAUCACUAAAAAGGAACAACAACAGAAUCCACAGGCUGUAUUGGAUGUAUUGGGUUUUUAUCGAGAUGCGAAUGAACAUGCGCUUGAUACUGUUUGGGAAAAGUUUGAUAAUGUUCAUCCAAAGAACUACACAGGUACACCACCACCAUUACCUCAGAGAACAAAACCUCAAGUGGUCAUGGUCCAUGCCAAUGAGGCAACAGCAUCAACAACAAAACCUCCUGUCCCACACCGCCCUCUAUCAACCCUGAAGCAUUCCGCACCACCUAUACCUGCUCGACCAGACACUAUAAAGCACAAAUCACCACCACCACCUAAACCGCCUCUCUCGACAAAACCCAAGGUCAAAGAUGACAUGACAGCAGCCCUUUCAUCAACACCUACACCUCCUCCAAGGACCCAUAAGCCACAUUUAUCCUCUGUCUAUAUCGCUCCAUCAGCAGCACCCUUAGAUCCUGCCAUGGAUAAUACACAACAAGAUAAAGCAAGACAACAGAGAAGAGAGCAAAGAAGAGAAAAAGAAGCCAUGAAGGAUGCACAGAUCAUUGCUGACCUACAGGCUAUCUGCACAGAUGCAGAUCCAACCAAAUUAUAUCGUAGCAUGAUCAAGAUUGGACAAGGUGCGUCAGGAGGUGUCUAUACAGCUCAGUCUGUGGAUACCAACAUGUCUGUGGCUAUUAAGCAGAUGAAUCUGGCUCAACAACUCAAAAAAGAGGUGAUUAUCAAUGAAAUACUAGUGAUGAGAGAAGCCCAUCAUAAGAAUAUAGUCAAUUUUAUUGAUUCGUUUCUUGUGUCGAAUGAAUUAUGGGUUGUGAUGGAGUAUAUGGAAGGAGGCAGUCUGACAGAUGUAGUGACAACCAGCAUGAUGACUGAAAGCCAAAUUGCCACUGUCUGCAGAGAGACACUGGAAGGUAUUUGCCAUUUACAUUCCUUGGGUAUUAUUCACCGUGAUAUCAAGUCGGAUAAUGUUCUCUUGGGUCUGAAUGGCCAUGUUAAACUGACUGAUUUUGGUUUCUGCGCAAGACUGAAUGAUUCAGAAACAAGAACUACUAUGGUGGGUACACCUUAUUGGAUGGCACCUGAAGUAGUGACUCGUAAGGAAUAUGGGCCUAAAAUUGAUAUUUGGUCUUUGGGUAUUAUGGUGAUUGAAAUGAUUGAAGGUGAACCCCCUUAUUUACAUGAAAAUCCCUUAAGAGCACUUUAUCUGAUUGCUACCAAUGGUACACCUGCACUACAGCAUCCAGAUGAAUUAUCUGAUAUUCUCAAGGAUUUCUUAAGACAAUCAUUGGCAGUCAAUAGCAUAGACAGACCUGAUGCAAACACACUGCUGGAGCAUCCUUAUCUGAAAAGAGGAGAUCAUGUCAAGUCUCUGAUUCCUUUGAUAAAGGCAAGCAGAGACUUGAGAAAAGCCCAUGAUUUGUAACUAUAAAUAAUACUAAAUAAUAAUAAUUCUAUUCCUUGUAAGUGUAUCUC